AUGCAAUAUCACUCUUCUGUAAACAAUGACUAUACUUUAUUCACAUUGCAGCCUUCCUUACGACGCGUAAUAAACCGUCAUAGCAAGGACUCUCUACUUAGAAUCGUAAAAAAAUGGCUUGAAAUACCGCAGCUUGCUCCUAAAUAUAAAUCAAAUUCUAAGGAAGGUGAAGAAUAUCAACAAAUUAAAGGAUUAUGGCAAAUUUAUGAAAAUAUAUCCGGUAACAAGAAAAAAAUCGUUGAUAAAAUAUAUCUUGAUGAUUGGAAAAAUGGAUUAACAUAUUUACAAGUCGCGCAACUUGAUAUGAAAUAUAUCCAUGAUCGUCCUAACCUUAAACAAUGGAAUGCUUUAAAACUUUGUUGGGAUGGUGACCUACGGAAGGAAUUUCAUAAUAAAGAAAUACUUCGUUCGACAUUAUCAAAGCAUCUUUCACUAUUUUUUGCAAAUCAUCUUUACGUCGAAGGUUAUGAUAAAAAUUGGUGGCUGCGCAUUAGCAUUCAUGAUAGCGUCUCGCAAAAUUCCCUCCCAAUCAGCACAAAUAUCAUUUACUUGAUAUACUUUACUAACUCAGAACAUUUAUUAUGCAGCAAUAUUAAACGUGAACAUAAAGAAUUUAUAUUGCAGGGUUUGUUGAAAACUUUUGCUUGUCAGCAAAUUGAAGAAUGUAAUUUGAAGGGGAAAUACGUGAAUUCUUUAGAACAAUUGUUGUUACAUCAACAAUCUCAAGGAAUAUACAGUCGAUAUCGAUUAAAUCAGGUUGAUGAUAGUCCAUUAGAACAUGCUUCAAACAUACCCAAAACAAAUGAUAAUGUGGUAGACGAAAAUUUUGGGCCUAAUGAACAACCAUCUCUUGAUGUUGUAGAGAUCAAGUUGACGUCCGCUGACAAUCAACUUGAAGAGGAAUCGAUAUCGACAACAGUCGUAUUUGAAGGAUCAAAUGUGAUUGAAGGAAUUAAAAAGAUGGUGACUUCUGGGUUGGCUGUAUCCCCAUUACCAAAGUUUUUAUUAGAACUACAUAGCAACAGUAAAAAUUAUAUAGAAGUCAUUGAGCAAGAAAAUUAA